UGGAGGGGUGGGGAGAACAACCAUAGGUGUGCGUGUGUGUGGGGGAAACAAGCUGAGUGUGCGUCUCAUCUAAUAGAGCCUCGGAGCGCAUUAUCUUCCCCGUCAUCUCCGUCUGGGCGGUUGGUGCUGCGCCGUGCGGGGAAGCGGCCAGGAGAGGACGCGUUGAUGCGAGCGGAUAUUCUCAGCAGCUGAGACUAAUUGGUGUGAUUCAUGUCCCUGUUGAGUGGCUGAAACCUAUUCAUAGCCGGGGAGAAGGCGAGAGAAAGAGGCGAGUGGGGGACCAAAAAAAUCGCGCAGAGACCCGCACGCAGGAGUCUUUUGGAAAAUGAAGGAAUUCUAAACAGGUCGGAAAUUAGGAGGAAGGCACGGCAGCAGGUCAAAGUUUUCUUUUCUCUUGCAGUAGUGGGGCUUUUCUUUCCUGCGGACAUCACUGAUUGACGCUGUGAUGGAAUGACACUUGGAGAGAAGAUGAUGGACACUUUGGCACCGGAGCUCCUGCUCAGAAAUCCUCCCGUUUACACCCGGCGCGGUGCUGACCGAGCCCUCGGGACGGUGAUCAGUCAUUUGUUUUGAAGUGGCAGGAAAAUCCUCCUCUUGAUUGAAACAAGAGUGAGAGAUGGUGCGCGCAGCGAUUCCUCAGAGACUGACGUGCGCACUCAUCACAUUCCCGUUAAGGAGCGCAUCUUAAAGAGCUUCAUUCUUCAUUCAUGUUCAUUCUGCUGCUCUGAACUUGUUGAACGGCGUUUAAGAGCAGUUGGGACAGGGAGCACCCGGUCCGAGAGGGGCUUUCCACAAAUUGCCAGAUCGUCACGCAGGACGAAGGCCAUGACUGACAGCUGGGCGAGCUGAGGAGACCUGUCACUCAUCUUCCUAUCAGCGUGUCAGAGAGCUAUCUCCUUCUCGCCUCCCCCCUCUUCCUCCUCCUUCUCCUCCACCGUCCUCCUCCCUCCCUCAGUCCUCUCCUCUUAUCUUCUCAAUGGGCUGGUAGCCUCACCAUCCCUCACAGACAUCCAGCGCUCCAGAAACCCAAAAAGGAGAGAAAUCAGAAACACUUUUAAACCAACCUGUGCUCCACCUAAAGGGAGUCUGGCAUGCCUCCUCACUCCAGCUGAGUAAGCUGCAGUAAGUGGAAGUAGAAGAGUGAUCCCUUGUUUGUACCCCUCAGAAGGAGAUACGGCUCCUCCAGAAGGAGCUGAGAGAGGAUCAGUCAUGCGUUUCCAUUUAGCGUUGACGCUGCAGGCGCUAUGGACUGGUGUUUGCCAGGCGGCCAUGCAGCACUACCCUGCAGCCUGGGGCCACUACGAUGUGUGCAAGUCCCAGGUUUACUCAGACGAAGGCUUAACCUGGGACUACAUGGCGUGCCAGCCAGAGGCCGCAGACAUGACCCAGUACCUGAAGGUCACCCUGGAUCCUCCCAACAUCACCUGUGGCGACCCUCCGGAAACAUACUGUGCCCUGGAGAACCCUUACAUGUGUAAUAAUGAAUGUGACGCCAGCACUGAGGAGCUCGCCCACCCUCCAGAGCUCAUGUUUGACAUCGAGGGCCGUAACCCCACAACCUUUUGGCAGUCCACAUCCUGGAAGAAGUACCCAAAGGCCCUCCUGGUCAACAUCACGCUAUCUUGGAACAAGACCAUUGAGCUGACUGACGACAUCGUCCUCACCUUUGAGUCAGGCCGGCCCGAACAGAUGGUCCUAGAAAAAUCGCUAGAUUAUGGGCGAACCUGGCAGCCCUACCAGUUCUAUGCCACUGACUGCCUGGACGCCUUCACCAUGGAGCCCAAGACAGUGCAGGACCUGACUCAGCACACCCUCCUGGACAUCAUCUGCACUGAGGAGUACUCAAGAGGCUAUGUGUGGAAGUAUGACAAAACUGUGCGCUUUGAGAUCAAGGACCGAUUUGCGCUGUUUGCUGGGCCCCGGCUCCACAACAUGGCCUCGCUUUAUGGACAACUGGACACAACCAAGAACCUGAGGGACUUCUUUACCAUUACCGAUCUGAGAAUCCGCUUGCUCCGGCCGGCCACAGGAGCCACGAUGGUUGACGAGAACAACCUGUCCAGAUACUUCUAUGCCAUUUCUGACAUCAAAGUUCAGGGCAGGUGCAAGUGCAAUCUUCAUGCCAACAGCUGCGUCUAUGACAAAGAGAAGUUGAGCUGCGAGUGCGAACACAACACGACCGGGCCCGACUGCGGUCGCUGUAAGAGGAACUACCAGGGUCGAGCGUGGAGCGCUGGCUCCUACCUGCCCAUCCCCAAGGGCACGGCUAAUAUCUGUAUUCCUAAUAACAUUGGUCCAGUUAUUCGGCCGAAUGUGUCAUCCCUAGGUGUCGCUAACCGAAAAGAAGUAGCUCCUCAAGUUGCAUUGUCCACUGCCCCUUCUGUCCACGUUGCAAACAGCAAGCGAGACUGCGAAUGCUUCGGCCACUCCAACCGAUGCAGCUACAUCGAGCUGCUAAACACCGUCAUUUGCGUGAGCUGUAAGCACAACACUAGGGGCCAGCACUGCCAGCUAUGCAAGCUGGGCUACUACCGCAAUGCCUCAGCAGAACUGGACGAUGAAAAUGUGUGCAUAGAGUGUAAUUGUAAUCCCUUUGGCUCAGUCAGUGAUCGCUGUAAUGGCACAGGAUUUUGUAUAUGUAAGGAGGGCACUACAGGGCCUAAGUGUCAGGAGUGUCUACCCGGCUAUUUGUGGGACGAUGGCUGCAAAUCCCGGGUGUGUGACAACGAACUCCUGCGCUGUCAAAAUGGCGGGGUGUGUGUCAACAACGUCCGCUGCAACUGUCCUUCAGCCUACACGGGCCUGCUGUGCGAGAAGCCCCGCUGCGAGUCGGAGCUGGGCGGCUGCGGGGGCCCCGAUUCGGGCCAGGCCCCCCUGACGCCUCCGUCCACCUCCAGGCUGCUGAUGCUGCUGAUGCUGGGCUCGGCACUGCUGAGAGAGGCCUCCUGCUGGCCCGCCGUGCUCUAAAGAGACCCAUUACCUGGUGGGAGUGACACACUACCCGCCGCCUCCACCUUAACCCUCCCGUCCCUUCCUUUCAAAUAAUCAACACCCAUUAAAAAAGAACAACCAUGAGCUUUCUGGACUGUAAUGUACUGAGCUUCACCGCCGCCAGACUCAAUGGACACUCGCGCUGACAAUAAAGGGAAUGUGCCAGACAAAUGAGUGCAAAACCUUUUCAUCUAAUUUCAAAGAAUAUAUAGAAAUGAAAAAACAUAUACUUCUAAAAAAGCCAGAUAUUAUUAAAAAUAUGAGCGUUUGCCUAUUAAGAGUAAAAUGAGCAAAGAACAGUGAGUCCCCCCUCCCCCUCUAAGCCAUACCAGGUACACGAGCUCCUUCCAGUUUGAGAAGGGAUAACUGAAGAUGACAGACUUGUUCACUUCCUCUCUUAUUGCCACGGCAACAACAGCUGCGACCAAUCAGCUCUCGCACGAGCCGACAGUGGCUGCCGAUCCCCCCGGGAUGCUUCUGCGAGUUAAUGUUGGCUGGACUGACGCCGAAGAAAUCUCAAAUAAACAAACUAUCCCUGCUGAAUGGCAAAGACUGGCCUCAGAAACUAAACUGUUACACUUCAAUGCGACGACAAACAGAAAGAGGUGAAAAACCCAAGAAGCAUUCUUUGCUGUCAGUGCAUUGUGGAUAGAAGGAAAUCUGUCCGGACUGCCACUUUGUGACACUAAACUUUGCCCACGUUGAUCCCUCUCUAUCUUUCUGUCUCUCCUUCGAGCUCUAUCUCAUCCUCCCUCCUGUUCAUCCCCCUCCUCCCGACCCUCCGAGUCCCUCACCAUGCUGCCACUGACCUGUGCUUUCGUGAACGUUACUCUGUAAAACCCUUGUUGGUUGAAAGAUUCUUUUGUCCGAUGUUAGUGAUGCACAUGUGUAAGAAGCCCCGCCCCCUCCCCUCCUUUACCCCUCCUCCAAAAAGAUACUCCAGUAAAGCUGUCUGAUUCUUUUUCUAUCUUAGAGCCACCACGCUCGCUACGAUCAUGGUCCGAGGAUAGUUUUCACCUGAGCAGACGAGAAGUGCAUAGAAAACCAUCAGUGUAUUUGCAAGUUCUUUUCUUGACAGAGCAAACAAAAAAAGAGAGUCAUGUAGUCCUUUUGUAUCUUUGCCGAACUGUGAUUGAAAAAAGGCAACCUUUAAUGUAUCUAUUUAAGACAUCCAAAUACAGAAGCAAUUGUUUUUUUUUUCUCAGUUUAAUUCCAUUUCUUACAUUCACUUCUUUUAUUUAUGACUUUUAGUUGUGCAGUUGAUUUUCCUUUGUAUUGGCAACGUGCUGGCAUCAAAGAAUAUCAGUUUACAUAUACAGUAUUAAUAAAGUGUAAUAAAAUCCCACCAAAGGACAUUAUAAAUGUUUUAUUCUUGCUUUAACACUUGAGAAUUUAAGUGAAUAAAAGUUUAAAAAUUAAA